AUGGAUAACGAGAAAGGCGGAGAGACUGCAACGGAGAAAGACGCGGACCAGGAGAAGAAGGAUGGGUUUGAGGUGGAAAAUAUCCAAGAUGAACCGGGAACACUUUGUCCUCCCAAACAGCAAGAAUUGGGGAAGGACCUGGAGGCAGAGACCCAAGCAGGAAGGAGAUCGCCGCCAUGGUCGAGCGCUUAUGAACAGCAGCAAGCUGCCGCUCCUGUUAUAACUACCUGCAGGACCCGGUGUACCUCAAGCGAGAGGGAGCCUGGUGGGGACGGGAUCCUGUGUUUCAGCUGCCCUAAGGUCUCCAGGCCGAAGGACAUCAAGCCCAUUCGCCAGAUGGGGGUGCUGGUAGAAACUUUUAAGCAGCUAGAGCCCCUCCUGGAGGAAGUUUUGCAGAUGAACCCCAACGUGCGGAAAUUCCAAGUGGACGUGACCUUGGAUGUGGACACAGCCAAUGAGUACCUGUUCAUUGCUGAGGACCUGAGGAGCGUGGGCUGUGUGUCUUCCCCUCAGACACGGGAGGAGAGUGCCCAGAGGUUCGACAUCCACAUGUGCGUGCUGGGCUCCCCACGCUUCACCUCCGGCUACCAUUACUGGGAGGUGGACGUGGGGAGCUGCCAGGAGUGGGACGUGGGCAUCUGCAGGGACUCCGUGAAUCGGAAAGGGCCCGUGAGGCUGAGCUCAGAGUGCGGCUUUUGGAUUGUGAGCCGGAGAGACUGUGAAGGCUUCACCACCAGCACCGAGCCCCCGACCAUGCAGCCACGCAUACAGCGGGUGAGCAUCUUCCUGAACAUGAAUCUUAGGAGCGUCUCCUUCUACAACACCACAGAGGGAGUCCACAUCGUCACGUUCACCAAGAUCCCCACCGACAGCCCGCUGCGGCCGUUUUUCGCUCCUAGGAGAACACCGGACGGCCAGCAGGGCUUCCUGAGCCUGCCUCCUGUGGCAGCCGGGGGGCUCUCUGCCCACCCCAACCCCAACCUCUCCAGCUCAGGACGAAUCAACCUCUGUCCACAACAGCCCGCUUAG